GGCUUAUCAUCACAGGAUCCCACGGAUUUCGGUACUUCCUCGUCGUCCUUCGACCUCGCCGAGUCGGACGAUCGAAACGACGACGAGGAGGAGGAAGAGGACGAGGAAGAGGAGGACGAUGACGAUGACAAUGACGGCAUUAAUGUUGAUUAUGACGAAGAUGAUGAAUGCAACGAGGAGAAAAAUGAUAGAAGGAAGGAAGAGAGAAAGAACAUCAAGGAAGAAUUAGCAAGCUAUUGCAUUCCCAAUCAACGAUCAUCGAUUUCCUCUGACAUCGUCGAAUCCUAUGAUAACAAAAACGAGCCGUGGGUUCCUCUCGAGUUCCUCCUAUCUUCAUCGAAAGAAACAACAGACCUCUUUGAUGCGCGAUAUCAUCCGUACCAACAAUCACACAAUCAUCGUGUCGUACCUCGUCAAGAAUCAAGAGGUGGACCACUGCGGAGUGGAAGAGGAGGAGGAGAGGGCCAAGAGUUGCACUACAUCGAAACGGUUAUUAGCACGAAUCCUAACAAUUGUCCUCGGAAACGUAGCGACAGUAACAGCAGUAGCAACAGUAGUAGCAGCGCUAUGACAACCAUCAGUACCAACUCGAACGAUCUCCUUCGCAAGCUACGUCGAAACUCAGCGACAACCAACUCAACCUUCGUUUUUGAUCUCGCCCAAACAAGUGAUCCCUCGAAUCCACGCGACCAUUACAUGGUACCAACGCGAAAUCCUCGCGAACUCAACGAGAGAAUUUUAUCACUGUUCAAUCCUCAAUUUUUACCGAACUUCAACGACAUGGUUAAAUAUAUGGCAGCGUCCCAGCAGGAGCCGAGCAAUUCUCGAACUAAUUCGAGAUCGAUCAACGCUGAGACUCGUCUCUUCAGGCAUACUAAUCGCCGAAGGAAACGGAAUAGCAUCAAUGACUCUAUGCUUUUUCGCCAGGGACUGGUCUAUCAGGUGCCACGUGACAAAUGAACUGUCGAUCCACGAAGAUCGACAUGAAGUACGAGAAUGUUCCGAGACCGAUAUAUAAUAAAUAUACAUUCGUAUAUACGUAUAUAUAUGUGUGGGUAUGCGUGAAAUCUUAAAUCUUACAUCGCAAGAAUUGUUAAAAUACAUACAUACAUACAUACAUACAUACAUACAUACAUACAUAUAUGUAUAUAAAUAUAUAUAUAUAUAGAUAGAUAACUAUGAGGUGUAAUUAUCGUACGAUACGUAGUGUCAACGUUACCUGAUUACGGCGAGAUGUGAUUUUUUCGUGUUGGUUCGAUUUCUUCAAAUUUGAAAUAUGAAAAAGGAAGAGAAUAAUAAAUAGAAGAAGAAGAAGAAGAAGAAGAAGAAGAAGAAAACGAAAUGCUACGUCUCCUUUCCUGAAGAAGCUGGGAUAAUUCCAAUGAAGAUGAUGAAGAUGAAGAAUGAGAAAUGAUCUUCCGUCGUAGGACUCAACAACGUGGGAAUAACGAACUAUUUUUUUAAACUAAUACUCUCGACGAUUCGUUCUCCUUUCUCUCUCUCUCUGUCUCUCUCUGUCUCUCUCUCUAUUUCUCUUUUUCCCUUUCCCUAUCUCUCGCUCUCCCUCCUCCUCUCUCUAUCUCUUUCUCUCCGUGUUUGACCACCCUCUUAUCGAAUGAUCAUCUUCUUCUCGUCGUUGGUUCGUUCGUUUGACGUCAUUUAAGGAUAGAAGUCAAUCCCAUUAAACGGGAUCCACGUCGAGAGUACCUUUCUCAUUUUCUGUUUCUCGAUAGAAGACAGCGAACGGAAUCUAGGACAAAGGACAACAUUCGAACUGAAUUGUGAGGAUGAGAAGGACGUAUGUAUUUAUCUACAUACAUACUAGAAACUGAACUGUAGGAUGAGAAAGACGUACAUAUGUAUUUAUCUACAUACAUACGUUAUCGUCGUUUCUCGGUGUGUACUGUUGUACUAAUGUGAUAUGGAUCAGAAUAUAGUACUGUUGUGUGUUCGUAGAAGUGGCCUGUGUGUGUUUUGUAUAGGUGCUUAAAUAAAAAUACAAAAUGAAAAAGAGAGGGGGAGAGAGAGAGAGAGAGAGAGAAGGGAUGAAAGAAGAAAGAAGAAGAAUAAAAAGAACAGACAUAAGAAAAAAAUGGAAAUUAAAUAAAAUUGUUAUGCGUAGUAAAGAGACAUUACUAAUGAGCAUUCGCGCGAGACGAGGCGUGCCUUCCGUUGUACUAAUUGUUGGCAAAUUUUCAUGUAUAGAUCAAUAGAAAGCGAGAGAGAGAGAAAGAGAAAAAAUACAGAGGAUGAUAAAGAGAAAGAGAAAGAGAGAGAGAUAAAGGAAUGAAUAGAAGAGGAUUAUGAAAAAAGAGAUAUUUCGUCGAAGUGAGUGAGUGUGUAUAUAUAUAUAUAUAUAUAUAUAUAUAUAUAUAUAUAUUAGGGCAAGUGCCUCAUUUAAAAAGUGUUUCGUUCGAGAUAUAUUACGUAGAGAAUGGAACGAUGAAUGAGAUAAGAAAAAGAGAGAAAGAGAGAGAGAGGAGAGAGAGAUAUUAAGAAAGAAUGAAAAGAAAGAGAAAGAGACUUUAGUGAGACUAAUUUUGGUACUGUUGUGCACUUAUUAAUGUGCUGUGAAUAUCGGAUAAGUGGGUUUUACGAAGAAGCAGAAGAUUGAUGAAAGAAGAGGAAGAUAGAAGAUAAUGAAGAGGAAGAAAAUCCAAACGGAGGCACACGCGCACGUACGAUUCCUUUGAUUCGUCGCGAACUCCCAUGUUCCUUUUCACGAUCCUUUCGAUUUUAAAAGAAAUAUAUAUGUGUAUAUAUAUAAAUAUACAUAUAUGUAUGUAUAUAUAUAUAUAUGCAUAUAUAUAUAUAUAUAUAUAUGUUUGAAAAACAUCAUUUCGGGCGCGCUAUUUUCUCGAAAGGAUUCGUGAAAAAUCAUGGCGAGAAUAGAGUCUUUAUAACGUGCUUUAGAUACGAUGCCUUUGACAAUGGCGCAAAUCGGUAUUUUUAAUCGAAUAUUAUAAUAGAUACUCGUUACAUUGCGUAAUAUUUGCGUUGUGUUUUAAUCGCGGUUUAUAGACGGAGUGCCUGAGAUAACAAAAGAAGAUUUAACAAAACAAAAACGAAACGAAACAAAAUAAUAAAAAAAAAGCAAAAAAAAAAAAAGAAAAGAUAUGAACAAAAAAGAAAAAAGGGCCGAGACAAAGGGAAAAGGAAAAAAAAAAAAGGAGAAGUCACCGAGCAAAUUUUUGUCAACUCGAAAUCAUUGUUAAAGAUAAAACUUCUACCGAGGGAUCACGUUUGUUUAGUAUUCUUAUUUUUUUUUUUUUUUUUCAAUUAUGCAAUAGGAAAUGUAUUUUAUAAGGAUAUAACGACUUGAGAGAUAAAUUUGAAAGGACACAAUUUGAACGAUAGUAUAUAAAUGAUGUAUCAAAGGAUAUGAUUCUUUUUUCUAUUGUAUGAUAUUAUACAUUAUAAUAUUAUGUGAUUUAUUACGAUUAUUGAUAUAUUAAAAUUUUUUUUUCCAAUAUCAUAACCAGUUUCUUGGAACAAUUUGGAAAAAGAAAUAUUUUCUUCUCUCUGAUUUCUAUUAAAAUCUUUCUUUCUCUCUACAGUUUAUAAUUAUCAAAUGAUGUCUCUUUCAUUAAAGUCAAUGAUUUCACAUUCGCAAUAUUUCCUUUUAAAAAAUAAGCGAUUGAUAUAAAAAGUACGUCGACUUCACGAUAUCGGAUCAAUGGUGGAAAGAAACGUCGUGAUUAGAUCCGUUUAUUUAUUUUUUUUUUUUCUCUAGGAGCGAGGGUAGAGAGUAAAGAACGGCAAUAAAAAAGGUUUUUUGAGAGUAGAAAAGAGUGAGAGGGAGAGAGAAAAAGAGAGUUGGAAAAGAAUGGUGUCUACGUCAUUCUGAUUUAUUUUCCGUGACACGAUCGAACGAUCUCUUUAACUCUUUCCCUUCUCCUCUUCCAUCUUCUACUAUUAUGUGUGUAUAUGUGUAUGUGUGUUUCGACUCGUUUGCGGUAUAUGCUUCGGUGUCGCAGGUGCAUGCAUAUACACAUAUACAUAGGAAAAUGCACCGUCUCUUUCCAUCAGCUCCAACGACGAAGGUAUGAGGUUGUAUUAUAUUAACUUUAAAGCCACCGAUUAACCAACACUGCCGCGUCAAUUCUAACGUGCUUUCAAACGAAAACGCGAUUUCACGAUACAAGAUCACACGAUAGGUAAUCGCUAUUGUACAUCGAUUUUCACUAAUUGUCAUUGGACGUUGAAAGAAAAAGAAAGAAAGAAAGAAAGAAAUACACGUUUACCGUGAAGAAAGUGUGCUCGAGUGUGACGUGGAGGUGGAUAAAAUGAAAGGGGCUGAGAUUUGUUCUGUAUGAUCGACGAAAGAAAAAAAAAACAGAGAGAGAGAGAGAGAGAGAGAGAGAGAGAGAGAGAGAGAGAGAGAGAGAGAGAGAGAGAGAGAGAGAGAGAGAGAGAGAGAGAGAGAGAGAGAGAGAGAGUGCUUUAAAUUGUAUGCUGAACGAAAAGGUGACGAUAAUUAUACUGUAUUAAAAAUAAAAGGAACAAAAAAUGAGAAAACGAAUGAGAGUGAACGAGCGAGUGAGAGAGAGAAAGAGAGAGAAAAGAGAAAUAGAGCGACAUAAAUAAUGUAAAUAAGUAGAAAUUGUUUUUUAUCGUUGAGAAUUUUCUUCUUUCUUUUUUUUUUUUUGUUUUAUAUCGACAAUUUUCAUUCAUUAUGGCUAUUACUCUCGUCGUGCGUAAAAUUUGAAGACCGAGUCUACGCAUAUUAACGUUAUUAUUAUAUCGCAUUCUUCAUUAUCGCAUAUAAAAAAAAGUGUUACACAUACAUUUUACCUUACACGGGAAAAAAUAGAAAAAGAAAAAAAAGAAAAAAAAAAUAGAAUAAAAAAGAAUAAAGAAAAAAGCGUACAAUUUACACGUUACACGUAUGUAGAAAUGAUAUACAUACACUAGCUCGAGAAAUACGUGCAUGCAUACAUAUAUACAUACAUACAUGCAUACAUACGUGCAUACAUAUAUACAUUAUACAUUUUUUAAUCCGCAUUAAUAUAGACAUACAUUCAUUCACACAUACAUGCAUACAUUUAUACAUACAUGUGUUCACACAUUUACGAAUACGAUAUGUACCGAGUAACGAGAAUGAAAAGGAGAAAGAGGCAGCUAAUUUACAUUGUAAAACGCUCAGACUUUUGGCGAAAAUCCGAGACACCCACGUAUAUUUCUUCUUCUUUUCUUUUCUUUUCUUUUUUCUUCCAUUAUUAUUAUCAUUAUUAUUAUUAUCACUACUAUUACUACUACUACUAUUAUUAUGAUUAUUAUUAUUAUUAUUAUUAUUAUUAUUAUUAUUAUUAUUAAUAUUAUUAUUAUUAUUAUUAUUAUUAUUAUUAUUAUUAUUAUUAUUGUUGUUGUUGUUAUUAUUAUUACAUUUGCCAUGCCUCGUUUAUAUUGAACGUGUCCGAUUUAUUCUCGAAAAAGGUUGGCAAAUGAUUUUACAAAUAUGAUCUUUAUACUUUCAUGAUUAAAAAUGAGAAAUUAAAGGCGAAAAUUAAAGAGAAAAGUUGAAAGAGAAGAAAUGUAAAACAAAAAAAAAAGAAACAAAAACAGAAAGAAAGAAAAAAGGGAAAGAAAAGAAAAGUGGAAGUAUCCAACUUAGGUACCUUGCGUCAAAAUGAGAUAUAUAAUAUAUAUAUAUAUAUAUAUAAUAAUUUUAAUUAUGAUAUUAUUAUGAAUAAUGAUAAUUGAUAAUGAUAAUAGUAAUAUUAAUUGAAUUUAAUAAUAAUAAUAAUAACGAUAACAAUGGAAUGAUAAUAUUUGACAAAUUGUUAUAUGCUAAUAAUUUCUAAAUUAGUCAAGUAUCGAAAUGACCUAUGAAUGUAUAUGUAUACAAAACGAUUUAUUAGGAAUGAUAUUUAAAUAUAUGAAUAAUGUAAAUAGUAUAAUUAAAAGAUCCGUUUAAAGCUGACUUUAUUGCGCUCCGUAUUGAACGAAUAAACAAAUGAAAAGAAAAAGAAACAGGGUGCGGUUCUUCGAAGCUCUAAUAUUCGUUGCAUCGUUAUUGGCUGAGACAUGAUUGGAGAUACAUCAGUUUUAAAAAUAUGUUUUAGACUGUAUAAUAGAAAAUCGGGAGAAAAAAAAGAAAAAGAAAAAAAAGAAGAAAAAUAGGGGCUGAGUGUAUAACACUCGUAAAUUCAGUUUUAAAUAGAGAUAAUUUUGUGAUUAGAUAAAAUGAUCUUAUAAAAUUUUGACAAGAGAAAGAAAAAUUAAAAAGGAAAGAGAAAGAAGGAACGAAGAGAGAGAGAGAGAGAGAGAGAGAGAGAGAGAGAAAUGAAAAAUGUUAGGUUGUUUAGAUUGUAACGUUAAAAAAUUGCGAUCGCGUUUAAUUAACUGGCGUUUAGAAAAAGAGAAAUAAAUUUGAAAAACAUUCCAUUAAAAA